AAAUAUUUGUUUAUAAAAAUCUUCCCUUUUUGUUUUAUUCAAAAUGUCCAACUCCGAGUUGGAUAAAAGCAUAGAGUUAAUCACCAAGACGGAGGAGUUGGCUGACAAGAUAUUGGCCAACAAGCACGAGCUGACGGUUUUGGACAAGCGACGCCAAGCUACACGGGAGGCAUUGCGUCUCGUGGAGAAGUCGGAGGAAAAGAAGGCCUGGAUCACCAUUGGCAGCAUGCUGGUGAAAAUGUCCAAGGACAAGGCAGUGGAGCUGCUCAAGAAGGAUCAGCAGCAGAUAGACACGGAGAUAAAUCUGAUUUACUCGCAGCAAAAGGUGCUGGUAAAUAAGCAUCGCGACCUGGAGUUCAAAUCGCCAUUUUCGGGCACCAACAUCAAGGCACUGUACAGACAUGAAAUCAGUGCCCUGAAAGCUAAUCUUCACUUGUAAUUUAAGAAACAAAUUAGAAUAAAAUGAAAAAUUAAGAGAGCUAC